ACUCCUCAUCCCUCCGUCCACUGUUAUGCGUUUUACUGUGUUGUGUGUGGGGGCAAGGAGGGCUAACAUGGAGUUUGUGGCUCUUUUUAUGCUUCUUUUGAUUCCCGGCCUCCAUUGGACAGUUGGUGAGGAUACUAGCUGGACCUACACUGGAAUGGUGGGUCAGUCUGAGUGGUCAGACUACUUCCCCGACUGCGGUGGUAACUCACAGUCUCCCGUUGAAGUGGUGACCACCCAGACCAAAUAUGACCCCGGUCUGACUCCCCUCACCCCGCUGGGCUACAGUCAGCAUGGCAACAAACCCUUCACGCUGUACAAUAAUGGACACACAGCGGUAAUCGACCUGCCUGACUGGAUGAGCCUGGGCGGGCUCCCCUGGCUUUUCUCGGCUGUACAAAUGCACCUACACUGGGGCAGCGGUGGUCCGAGUAUCGGGGGCAGUGAACACAUCAUCAACGGGCAGAGUGCAGAGGCAGAGCUACACAUAGUGCACUACAACUCUGAGCUCUACCCCAACAUGUCUGUCGCGAUGACGCAGAGGGAUGGGCUCGCUGUCCUGGGAGUUCUCAUCGUGACAGGUGAGGAGACCAACCCAGGUUUUAACAACAUCAUCAACUACCUGAGCCGCAUCAGACACGCAAACCAAAAAGUGUACAUACCAGCCUUUGACGUGCAGUCACUGCUCCCCAAUGAUCUGGAACGCUACUACCGUUACAAUGGCUCCCUAACGACGCCGCCUUGCUACCAGAGCGUUAUCUGGACGCUUUUCCACGAGAGGGUCCAAAUCUCCAAGGCUCAGCUACUGAGGAUGGAGACCUUACUGUAUUCCAGCAAGGCUGGAGAUCCAGAUCGGAUGCUGCUGCAAGAUAACUACCGCUCCACGCAGCCGCUCAACCACAGGAUGGUCUUCGCCUCCUUCACGGCAGAGUCCGGCAAAGAGCUCUCUUCAGGUGAGGUCACCGCCAUCGUGAUUGGCGUAAUGUGCGGCUGCGUAGGCCUGGCCGUCAUCGUCCGCUUCAUCAUCAAGACCAUCCGAUUUUUCACUCUACUCCACCAUGAAACAGUCGCGGUAAACAGCUCUACCUCUAGCUGGGACGUCCUUACCAAUAACCGGCCAGCUCCGAUGCAAAGGAUGAAAGAGCCCGAGAAAGCAAAAGAGAAACAACAAGAGAUGGUUCUUAACUCCACUUCUCAAGCAGAAAAGAAAGAAGAGAGAUCGUCUCCACAAACCGAGCCAUAGUCAGACACAAGUUGAAACAUGUUGGAACUUAUCCGUUAGCGGAAAAUCAAGUUUUCUAUGAAACUGCAGGAAGGAAAUAAUGUGGGCCUACAUUGAAUGAUGGUGGCAGACAUCUAUAGAGUUUGGACGGAAAGCACUUAAAUAUGUCACUUUGCUGGCUCUUGUGUUUGAUGUGUUGUACAACUGCAAUGUCUUGACAUUUGAAUUGUUCGUGUAAAUAAUUUGUACAGUGUUUUUUUCCUGAUUCAGCUAUUUUCAUCAUAUCCAUCCUGCCUUUAAGCACAAGUACACUGCACUGAAAGAAAUGUUAAUGUGAUGCAUUCAUAUCCGAUUAUUAUUGUGUUACUUUGCUCAGGGAUUUGAGCAUUGGAGUAAAAUGUCUCCCUUUAACCGCAGACAAAGCCUAACGAGGUUAAUUCAAGCUCAUGGAGCAAUAUCCACGGAGAUGCACGGUCAGAACUGCUGGCUCGGUCCAAUCGGCACAUUGAGAUAUAAAUAAGGUUUUUACCGUCUACUGUUCCUGUAGCAUAAUAUGACUUCUUUUGAAGUAUCUCUUCGGUAUUGUCAACGUCACUUGGAAUGUUAAUGUAUUUUCAA